AUGCGCACUCCUCGCAUUGUAAUCCUCAUCCUAUUUCUCGCCUCCUCACUGUUCCUCCUCGCGCGCGCCGUAUCCUCGUCUGCUCGUGCCGGUGCCUCGCCACUUCCAACCACCCGCACCAGAUCUGAGAAAUCAAUCUGGGGCUUCCUUUACUACAACACCCCAUUCUCGCUUUUCCCUCCAAAUGCAGCCAUCAGCUUAACGGAUGACAAUAGCACUACCUUUGCGGCCCGCCCGGCGGCUUUCGGCGGUAAGUUGGACGGAGCCGGAUUGAGCGGUCAACUGUGGGUGGGAAGCGGCUUUCCUGAAGAUACUGUUGAUGGGGAGGGCGAGCUUGGGUGCAGCGACCUACCGGGCUGGGAUGGCACAAGCCAGAGAACCUCCUUAAAAGACAUCGAAGCAGCUAUGAACUCUCGUAUUCCGAGCUCGAACUCCAAGUCGAAAUUUCCUAAACGCAGCGACAGCGAUAAGCUUGACCGCAAUAGCAGAGAGGGCAGCCUCAAGUCGAAGCUUGAAGGCGGAGCUUCUCCCAACGAUGGCACAGACGAUUAUCUUCACGAUGGCUUGAAGACGUCUUCCCAUGCCGAUAUUCAAUCGAUCCAAGAAGCCGCAGAGAUACAGGGCAAGGUUGUUCUCCUGAUGCGUGGUGGGUGUGGAUUUUUGGAGAAGGUCAUGUGGGCACAGCGGAGGGGUGCCAUUGCCGUGAUUGUGGGCGAUAACCAAAAGGGCGGACCUCUCAUCCAGAUGUUCGCUCAUGGUGACGAUGUGGAUAAUGUCACAAUACCGUCCGUUUUCACUGCGAGAACCACAGCGCAUUUGCUCUCCUCUUUAACGCAGCCUGGCAGCUUCAUCGAAGACUCGCUGGAUGACAGUGGGAGACCCGUGCUCAAGGUUCAACACAGGACUAAGCCCGGGAAGACCCCAACGAAGAAAACGAAAACUGGUUCCAAACCCGCGGAGGCCAAAGGCUCUCUUUUUGCGAGAGAUGAAAAGCCUUUCUCGAAACGGUUGGACAACAGGGGGUGGUUUUCUCGCAUGUUCCGUUAUAGUCCACCAUCUCGCUCCAUUGAUGACAAGAGCCUGCCACCCAGGAGUGGCCGCAUCGAUUGGGUGAUGGUUGCGGAUUGGAACGAGGAAGGGGACAGAGUGAUCAAAGAAACGAUGGACAGAUCCAGAAGAAGCUCUAAGUCUUCGACCGACGGUUUUGUGAUUGGCGUCGAAGAUUGGCGGGACCCUGAUCUUCUCAAACCAAAGGGAAACGCUCAAGAUGAUCGGGUUCCCGGUACUUCUAAGACACCUUCUGCAUCGGAUUAUGCCCAUCUGCCCAAGGGUGGCAGCAUUACGCCCAGCAGUGGUGAAUACAACCCUGCACGGGUAGUCUCUUCGAAGGUGCGGUCUUCAUCAUCUGAGGAGGGCAAACAGCGCCGAAGCUUCAUCGCUAAACUCUUUGGUACCCGCCAUGAGACUGAGGAGAGCAGAGGGAAGAGAGCGCUGUUACAAGACAAAUCAAAUGAUGUCGAGGAGCCCCCUGCGCCCAAAGACCCUGCGCACGAACCUCAUGAAGGGCUCUGGGUUACUAUUACCCCGACGAGCAGUGCUAGCCCUUUUUUCGACACAUUGUUGGUUUUGGUUAUCAGCCCCCUGGUUACUCUGACGGUCGUCUAUGCUCUGCUCAUCCUCCGUGCUAGAAUUCGGAGAAGAAGAUGGAGGGCACCCAAGUCGGUUGUUGACCGCCUUCCAGUUCGAACCUAUCAUACCGUGGCUGCCUCCCCUACCCCGUCCACCAGAUUACCUUCUCCAAGCAGUACCUCACCAUCCACCCCGCUCUUGCAGCAGAGCUCAUCACAAUCUAGACCUCGAUCACGGACUACGACUGGUGUGCUGGAGAGUGAGAAUCUUAUAGGUUCAGGGUCGACAGUGCCUGCUCACCGCUCACCAUCGCGCGGUAGAGGCGAGCACGAGAAGUUCACUGGAAUUUCCCCAGAGUGGCGGAAGUAUAUGAGUCGUCAGGUUGAAUGUGUGGUAUGUUUGGAAGAGUAUGUCGACGGUAUCAGCCGAGUAAUGAGUCUCCCAUGUGGGCACGAAUUCCACGCUGACUGCAUAACUCCCUGGCUGACUACCCGUCGCCGCACAUGCCCCAUUUGUAAGGGAGAUGUUGUCCGCUCCCUUGCCCACAGCUCGUCUUCAGGCAAUCGCUAUGAUCCUUACCAAGAUAGUAGCGAUGAUGAAGCUGCGGCGGAAGGCUCAAGCUCUCGUCCUGUCGCACCAGACCCAGACCCAGAGCAAGGCAUCCUCUCUGAACAGAGUGAUACUCGACAGGAAGAAAGCUGGUUAAACAUACUGUCCAGGAAUAUCAACGGCCGUUAG